CUAACUUUUACGAGCCGCAAUAAAAACAAAUGAAACUGCAUUUCAAAGAGAAAAUUCGCCACAAUGAUGUCGACAUUUUAUUUAAUUUUUCUAUUUAGUAAUUUUAUAUUAGUUAUAUGUAAAAUAGAAAAUUUUGAUGACGAACUUUCCCCGCAACGUCGUUUCGUCUACUGGCCCAAUGCAACAGUGCCUUUUUAUAUAAACUCUGAUCAUUUUGAUGCAGAACAGUCGCUAUCAAUUUUGUCCUCCCUGUCUCUCUUCGCGUUCAAAACGUGUCUCAAGUUCGCGCCUGUAAUGGCUGAACCUGUCAAUCAUCACGUCCUUUUAAUUGAAAAUCCCAACGGAAGACGAAAAUGCGAUGUGAACAACGAAGCUCACAGUUUUGAAGAACCACAUCGUCUAACUCUUGGCUACGAGUGCCUCAAGUCACCAGACAUCGACAUGAUGAUAAUGAGGGCACUUGGCUUCCCCUUCGAACAUAAUCGAGCCAGUCGCGAUGUGUUCAUUGAUGUGCAGUUCGAGAAUAUUGAAUCAGGUCAUAUAGAUCUAUUCACAAAGGAUUUGAGGCUGCCCCCAGAAUUAAGAAGUUUGUCCUACGAUGUGAACAGUGUUCUGCAUUUUGGCGAUCGGGAAUUUAGCAAGAAUGGACAUAGGACCAUUAUAUUUAAGGAUCGCAACACAAAACAAAAUAGAAUCGGCCUAACGACUUCGGAUCUUCGGAAGAUUGAGAUUGUCUAUGGUCCAGAGUGCCAAAAGCGUGACCGCCAGGCCAAAAUAGAUUUAUGUCAACACUACCCUGGAAUAAUACGUAAAAAACGAAACAUCGACCUAGAACAUACUAGAAGCCUUCGAGUCAAUCCCGACAUCACUCCACCACCAGAAAACCUGACAGAAGAAGUAUCUAAAAGUAUCAAAGACCUUGGUAUACACGAUGAAGUACAAAACGUAAUAGAAGACGUCUAUAAAAUAACAUCAUUAGCUUUAAAAAACGCUAGAAUCAAAUACUGCAAUGAUUCUAAAGAGCCCCUCCGCUCGGACUCGAAAAGAGAAGAUAAAAGUCCCAAAGCAGAUAUACUAGGUAUCAUUGAAGUUAUAACGGAGUAUACACAAAACAUAGUUGAUAACGCACUAACGAAUUUGACUGAGUUCUGCGAAACAUCACAGUCUAUGGACAAAUACGUCAGAUCUAGAUGUAGCUGGUACGAUUCGAAUAAUGGUAGGUGUAGACAAUACUUUAAAUCCACCAAAUUUGGCGCAGUUAAGUAUUCUACUCAACAUAGGCCUGUUUAUUUCCAAUCGACUAAGCAUAAAGGCAGAGCUGUUGUGUAUAACUAUGCGCCUAUGGGCUAUAGAGCGGGACCAGAAAAUAGCACUGAUAAUACAUCAAUUGAAAGAACAAAAAGAAUUGUUGCCAUUGAUAUAACAGCCGCUGUAGAUGAAGUAAAAACUACUAAACAUGUAACAGAAAAAGCAAGUGACACAGAUAAUAUUGAAACGCCAAAAUCUAUUUUAAGAAUGGCAACAACGAUUAAUUCCCAAAAGAAAAAGAAUUACGCGCCAAUAAUGCGAAGAUCGUAUAAGAAUAGACCCGAUGACGAUGAUUCACAACAGAAGAGAACUAGAAGAUUACGCCACAGAAAGAGACCGCACAGAACUGAAGAAGACAGUGAGAAAUUAGAGAUUGUAGAAAGGAAUAUCGAUGCAGACCAACAAAGUCCUAGAAAAGAAAAGAGAAAGAAAAUUCCAAGGGUCAAGCUGUCAGCGCAAAACAAAGAGUUCUAUAACGAGAGGAAAUGGCAGGAAAAUGUCGUGAGAUAUAUCAUAACUGAUAAUGGAAAGUAUAACAUAGAAGAUGUAAGGUCUCGUCUAGAAGAAGUGAACAGAAUAUUGAUGAAGAAGACUUGCGUCCGCUUGGAGGAGAUCAGUGAUGAGGAUCAGUUCCACGAUUACUUGGUGCUAGACACAAGUCCUGAUUACGUCACAGGCAGAGUUGGUGGGAGACAGGUAUUCGGCGCUCUAGAAUUAUUUGAAGGCGGGCAACACAAGCAAUAUGCCGCCAUGAUGGUUAUGGCCAUGCUUGGAUUCUACUUCGAAGUAUCACGUCAUGACAGAGACGAACAUAUACGAGUACAUAACAGACAUAUACGUGCGGAUAAAUUGCAUCAUUUCGAAAAGAUCCGUUCUGACGCCACGCUACCUUUGCCAUACGACUAUGAAAGCGCAACACACCCAGCUUGGCAGUUCUGGAGGAGGCUAGGCAAGAAAGGAAUAUCUUCUGUCGCUACUUAUAAAGAUAAGGAUCCAGACGGAAGCAUAAUGAAAUCCUUAGGCCAACAUGAGCAACUACUAUCUAAAUACGAUAUAAUAAAAAUUAAUAGUGUUUAUGGUAUAGACUGUUUUGUAAACCAACGACGAAUGAAGAUUAAAGCGUAAUAAUUG